CAUUCCCAUUCAUCUGCCACUCGCCCAUUGAGACUCGGGGGUGGGGAAGGAGAGUGAAUGGGCAAAGGAAUGAAUAAGGGUAAAAUGGGAGGCAUGAGGGUAUGGAAAGUAGGGUACCUAAGGGUGUGUAACUCACAUCACGCAUUCGUUGAGGAGGUCAAAGGCAAAAAAAAAAAGUGCGCAGAUGAGCGCGCGAGAGAGCGGUACUUUCAGAUAGCGGUCGGUAUCACAGCUCUUUCCCUCUCUCCCCUCUCCGGUGAGGGGAGAGAAAUGAGCGAGUGGGGAGCUUUCGUUCGGAUAAGGAUAGAGAAAAAGGCAUGCGAGUGGAGGGUUUUUUUUUUCGUGCGGAAAUCAUAAUAAUAGCAGAGGCUAUAAAUCCGCAAUUCUUGGCAGAUAUGGACGGCCUCCGAUCGUUUCCUCGAUUCCCUAAUUUCCCUUCGCAAGAGGCAAACAGCCUCCACAGUCUCUCGAUGUACGAGCACGGUAGGCUGCACAAGUACAGUACGAGUAAUAUGCGAGCAAGUCACUCAAGCAUCAUGAUCAUGUUACUGCCCCUCCGUCCCCAAGGUCAAGGCUUUGUGAGUUGUCCGGCGAGAUGCGAACCCCCUCCCCUCGGACCUGAACAUUUCCUCCCGCUCUCGCUUGGCUUCGGUUCCCGACGCAUUAACUACGGUAUGUGUACGAGUACGGGCACCGUGAAUCCACAGCUAAAUUACAUAGCAGCACCAUACCGCACAACGCAAACCGUACUCCUCCCUUAACUCGAGCCAGAUACCGUGUGCCUCCGGGAACCCCCCCUCUCUUGCAGGCGAGGAGCAGGAAAAAUAAAAUAAAAAUAAAUAAAGUGCAAACAUAGGAACUAUCACGGGGGAAAAAAACAAAAUACAAAACCUCAGUGUUAUUCUUUGAUGCAAUCUUUCACUGCACGCCCUGCAGAAAGUUGCACACUCCUCCUCCUCCACCUCUCUCCAUCAUACUGCUACGCUCCAUCUUGCACUCCUCUUCUCAGGGGAUUUACCGUCACAGUAGACGUUGUUACAGUUCCAGGGCAGUUGCAGCUCGCCUGUUGUGUCUACUUGCUACAC